CUUUAAUUCUGUUAAGUUGAAUCGAUUAACAUUUUUAAUUUCAAUAAAAAUUUAAUCCAUUUUUAUUUCUUAUUUGAUAAAUUUUUGACUCAAAAUCAAAAUGAAUCGUUUACAAAUGUCAUUGAUCUUAUUAACAACAUUAAUUGUCACAGUAUUGGCAUAUCCACAAAAAGAAGAAAUUGUUUUGUAUGAAAGUGACGUUGAUGACAAAGGAUAUAAUUUUCAAUAUGAGACAAGCGAUGGAAUAGCACGUAUUGAAAGUGGAAAAUUAAAACCUGAUAGUGAAGGUGGAGAAAGUAUAUCAGUUGAAGGUACAUAUACAUAUACGGAUGAUAGAGGUGAACAACAUACUGUUAAAUAUAUUGCCGAUGAAAAAGGAUUCAGACUGAAACCAUAAAUAUUUUUUUUUGAAAAAUUCUUAAAAUUCUUCCUUUGGAAAUUUCAUAUUAAAAAAAUGUAAAAUUGUUAUUUAGCUUUUAAAGCCCAGAAAAAAAAGCAAGAAAAUAAAAUUUUUAAUUAUUUUAGAAUAAUAAUAAUAAAAAUAAAUUAUUAGAA